AUGAGUGCAACAGUGACUCUAACUCUGAACCUAUUCCCUACUUCCUCCAUCGUCUCCUCCUCUUAUCUCUCUCCGCAUUCUUAUUCCUUCAACCACAUACCAAACCCUAAUUUCAAUGCCUUCUUUAGUUUCUCCCUCUCUCUCUCUCUGUUUCAGCACAGACGCCUCGGUAUCUGCAAGAAGCCCUCGCCCAAACCAUUCUCCUCUAGACGGACGUGGCUUUAUGGACAUAUGAAUAGAGAUCGAGAUACAUACAGUCCCAAUAAUGAAUUGGAGAAGGGGUUGGCGUUAUUUGGUUCUGAUGAAGAACUUGCAACACAAAUCCCAACUCAGGCCCAAUCAGUUGUUGAAGGAUCUGGGUCAAUUCGUGUAUCAGAGUUCAAGCCUGUUCCUGAUGUUGAUUAUCUGCAGGAGUUAUUGGCCAUUCAACAGCAAGGACCUAGAGCUAUUGGCUUUUUUGGAACACGGAACAUGGGAUUCAUGCACCAGGAACUAAUUGAGAUUCUUAGCUAUGCUAUGGUUAUAACUAAAAACCAUAUAUAUACAUCUGGAGCAUCUGGGACUAAUGCUGCUGUUAUCCGAGGUGCUUUAAGGGCAGAGAAGCCAGAGUUGCUUACGGUUAUAUUACCACAAAGUUUAAGCAAACAGCCUCCUGAGAGUCAGGAGCUAUUGUCCAAAGUGAAAAAUGUCAUAGAAAAGCCCCAUAAUGAUCAUCUACCUCUAAUAGAAGCCAGCAGGUUAUGCAAUAUGGAUAUCAUUUCUCACGUGCAGCAAGUGAUUUGCUUUGCUUUCCAUGACAGUAGGUUGCUCAUGGAAACUUGUCAAGAAGCAAAAAAUUUGCGAAAGAUUGUGACGCUUUUCUACCUCGAUUGA